AUGGCAGAGCUAGUGCGCGCAUCCCCGCAAAGGAAAACAAACUUACAAUCAACAUUGAAGUCGUUGUCGACAGCCGGGGCUGGUAGCUGCUGUGCGAACUGCAGAGUCUGUGCGCGCGUCGCUGCAAAGGAAAAUCAAAAUCUACUGCGCAUGAUUGUUGUGGUUGUCGUGGUUUUAUUGUCGUGGUCUGCGGGCGCAGGCUUGUCGCUAGGGCGCGAACUGCAGAGCCUAAUUGAUGCCAUGAGCCCAGCUAGGAAGUGGUGGUCUGCGGGCGGAGCGCUGGUAGCUGGUGCGGCAAUGCGCGCGCGAUGCCUGCGUGCGCAGGAAAAUCAAAAUCCACCGCGCAGGGUUCUGUUUGACGGAUUCCAGUCGUUAGCGAUCCGUGGCCAUAUAUCGGAUACCGUAAUAGGUGGCGCCAUGGUCAAGUCCGCCGAUCUAGGCCAAAAAGAGGAGCGAAAAGGGGGUCGGAUCCAGCGCGAUGCCCAAUCGAGACGAACAAGGCCUGACCCGCAGCAGCCUGGGCCGAGGGAUCCUCUCGGUUGGUGGUGGUCUAAGACGGAGCUCUAUACCACUACGCCAAUACAACCAAAAGGUUCAAUAAUCAACCAACAGUUGAUCUGGCCGCUUCCGGCCUCACGGUGCAUUAUCAUCACCCUGUACCGUUAG